GAGCUCGCUGGGUGCAUCCUCCAUCCCCCCAAACCCGAGGGCUCCUCUCCAGAGGGGAAGGAGGAUCCUCGGCUGGAAUGUUGGGGCAGUUCCCUGCUCAGCAUUCUCCCGCGGGGACCGCGAUGUCACCUGCGCUUUCUGUCCCCUGCAGGUCCCAUGGCGCUGGGCCGGGCCGUGCUGGUGCUGCUGGUGCUGAGCCCCCUGCGGGCGUGUGGGGCUGAGCUGCUGCAGCCGGGGCUGCCGCGGGGCGGGCAGUGGGUCUGGGGGGCGGCCAAGCCGCUGCCCCUCUCCCGUGAGAAGAGGGAUGACGGUGAGCAGGAGCCCGGUGCCACCGCGAUGACCGGCGGUGACAAGAGCGACGGCGGCUCUGUGCCACCAGCAGCGCCCGGCACCAAGGCCAGCCCGCUCCGUGUGCCAACCACAGCCGAUCUGAUGGAUGAUUCCCCCGAGCCUGAGCUGCUGCUGAGCUCUGCAGCACCAGCUCUGCUCACCAACGCCAGCCUGAGGCAGGUGCUUGCAGUGUCCACCACGGCCGAGCCUAUGGAUGAGACGGAUUCCCCUAAACCCAACUUACUGGAGGAUUCCGUGGCACCAGCAGCGCCCAGCGCCAGCACCAGCCCGCUCUGGGCGCCCGUAGUGUCCACCACAGCUGAUGCCAUGGAUGAGACAGAUCCCCCGGAUGAUCUCCACCUGCUCCCCAGCUCCGCAGCAGCGCCCAGCACCGAGGCCAGCCGGGCACGCGUGGUGCCAACCACAGCUGAUGCCAGGGAUGAGACCGAUUCCCCUGCUCACGAUCUGCUGCCAGGCUCAGAGCCUGGCACGCCAUCAGGAGCCCAGAAGAGCAUCACCACCACCCCCAGCUGGCUCAUGCCACCCAUCGAGGAGGACACAGUGACUGACGGCCUGGACGGCAGCUCCUCCACGGGGCCACGCUCAACAGCCCUCCCAGCCUUUGUCCUCCACACCACGGGCUACAAGAAACCCAAGAAAGCCGGAGCUCCGCCUGCACCGACCCUCCCGGCGCCUCGGGACACGACGCCGUGGGGCACCGCGGUGCCCUGGGAGCCCAGCGGGGUGGUGAGCAAGUGCCUGCUGGCCAUCCUGCUGCUGGGGCUGCUGGCCGCCGCCUUCCUGGUGUGCAUGGGGGUGCUGGGGACGCUGCUGUGGCGGCGGGCGCGAACCGGGCAGCGCCGCUUCAGCCCCACCGAGAUGGUUUGUAUCUCCUCGCUCCUGCCCGACGCCGAGGCGGCCGCCGGCCCCCGGCCCGUCCCGGCCCCGCGGCACAAGCUGCUGCUGCCCGACGGCAGCUGCGAGCCCGAUGGAGACAACCUGACUCUCAGCAGCUUCCUGCCGGAGCACUCCUGAGCCCCAGGGGAUGGCUGCUGCAUCCCGCCGCGCUGCGGGGCCGCGGUGCCCGGGGGAGCCGCGGGCCGGGACCCCUUGUCCCCCGGUGUUUUAGCUUG